AUGGUAAAUGACGCACAAAUAGAUUUGCCUCCAAAUUCCAAUAUCGACGAACGUACAGACGAGACCAUAAAUGUGAAUCGAACAAUUAAAAUCUUGGAAUAUAAGGGAUUGCUUUGGACAUGUGCCCUGAGAGAAAUAUGUUUAACUGCCCUGUGGCUUCCAUUAGGUGCAUUAGUGUUUUGUUACGUGACUGCAUCUAUAUUUCAAGCAGAUGAUAUUCAUGAAACACAUUGUAAAGUUUAUAACGUAGUUCCCUCUAUAAGCGCGAUUACCGGAAUUAGUCCACAAAGAUACAUUUGGAGGAUAUGCAUCGCUUAUCACUUAGGACCAAGACUUUUGAUAGGGUCGCUAUAUUACAACUACCAUAAACAGCGUACUUCACAUAUCACGGAAGAGAAGGCCCAAGUUUUAGCAGCUAAAUUAGGAGAGGCCUGUUACUGGCUAAAUUUAUUAGAACUAUUUGCUCUAACAGGAGUGACAUACGUUUCAAAUAGAGAAAAUUAUUUUAUUCACGAAAAAAUAUUUAUACUGUUUAUGGUUGCUGCACUCCUCCAUAUGUUGUGUCGGGCUCGAGUUGGGUGCAUCUCUAGCGAUACUGUAGAGCCAGUCAGAACCAAUAAACUUGUUUGGAUAUUAUUCUACAUUGCUAUUGCAGCUACCACUGGACUCGUUAUAUUCUUCCUGAGACAUCGGUUGUUAUGUCGUCCCCUCGCAUUUACCUGGUUUUCUGUAUGCGAAUACAUACUUGCGACAACAAACAUGGCGUUCCAUGCAAUCGUGGUGCGAGAUUUACCUCUACAUCAGAUUCAAGUUGUGUGCCCAACGCAUCACAAGACAAACUAA